AUGAUUUCCUCCUUGCUGCUGUCCAACCGACCUCCUUUCGGUGUCUUCUUCUUCUCAGUCUUCUUGGUUGGCACCACUUCAUUUCAUGGUGCCGGCGUUUCUGCUUCCUCCACUUCUUUUCUUGCUAUCAACACCACUGAGAAUAAGGAUGAAGCGAUGGCUCUCCUGAAUUGGAAAUGUACUCUUGACAACCAUAGCCAAUCUCUCCUCUAUUCAUGGCACGGUCACAAUCCUUGCCGCUUUACCGGUGUCACUUGCAAUGACUUCAGAGCCAUCACCCAUCUAUAUCUUUCCAAUCUGGGUUUGAGAGGAGCUUUAGAAGGCCUUGACUUCUCACGCUUCACCAAUAUGGUUAGCUUGGAACUUGCCAACAACUCGUUCUAUGGCACCAUCCCCUCGAGUAUUGGUAACCUUUCGAAACUCAACUAUCUUGAUCUUUGUGGCAAUGAACUGUUUGGGGACAUUCCUUCAGGUGUAAGCAUGCUAGAGAGUAUUCACUAUUUGUAUCUCUGUGCAAAUAACCUGAGAGGACACAUUCCUCCAGUUUUCUAUGAUCGAAUCAUCAAGGUCACACAAGGAUUUGACUCCAAGUACUAUGUGGGUAAAGGAGCAUAUGGAAUUGUUUAUAAAGCCGAGAUAUCAAAAGGCCAAACGAUUGCUGUCAAGCAAGUCUCAUCAUCCCAAGAAGAUAGUGAGAUCAUAGAUUUGAUACCAUUCGAAAGGGAAAUUCAAGCCUUAACUAAUAUACGCCAUCGCAACAUUGUGAAAUUUUAUGGGUUCUGCUCUCAUGCCCAAUGUAGAUUUUUGGUGUACGAGUACAUGGAAAGGGGAAGCUUGAAAACAACUUUGAACGAUGAUGAAAGAGCAUUGGAAUUUCAAUGGGACAAGAGGAUAAACUUGGUCCGAGGAGUUGCGGAUGCAUUGGCGUAUAUGCAUCACGGAUGUUCACCUCCACUCAUUCAUCGAGACUUGACCAGUAACAACAUUCUAUUAGAUCGUGAUCAUGAGGCUCGUGUUUCCGAUUUCGGCACUGCAAGACUAUUAAGGCCAGAUUCAUCAAACUGGACUGCUCUUGCUGGCACCAUCGGGUAUAUUGCUCCAGAGCUGGCUUAUUCUAUAGCUCCAACUGAAAAAAGCGACGUGUAUAGUUUUGGAGUCAUCGCAUUAGAGACAAUCAUGGGAAAGCAUCCAGGAGACCAUAUCUCCUGGGAAUGUUCAUCGUCCACCCAAAUUGAAUCAUCCACGCUAUUGAAGGAUGUGCUAGAUCAACGUCUGUUGCCUUCUAGACUUCGUCUACGAGAUGCGCAAGACGUGAUCUUGAUUGCCAAGCUAUCUUUCGCGUGCUUGCAAGCUGAUCCGCGACUUCGACCGACAAUGGAACAAAUCUCACAUGAGCUUCGUGUUCAAGUACCCCCAGAAACGCCCCUGUCUGUAGUCAGCUUAGAGCAACUUCGCAACCUCAAUGUCAGGAAAGUCGGAGCAUUCACAAGAGAAGACGCCGCACCUCUCCCUCCGAUCCGCCCCCCCUUGCCGCCGUCGGCAUUGCCCAAUCCAAAUGCCGUAAGAGAAAUUAGCAACACGAUAAGCAAUGCUAUUACUCAGUGGACACAGGAAGCUCUGUAUGCUAUUCACGAGGUAUCGCCUUCUGCUAGUUUCAUUUGA